AUGUGGAUGGAGGAUCCUACAGUGCAGGUGACAACAGAUCGUCUGAUGGGCUAUCUUGUCUCGUCAAGCAAUGAUCAAGCAGUAUUUUGCAUGCACUCAGCCGGUUUAACCGAUCCUCCACUCACCAAGGACGAUGAUUCUCCUAUCACAUCUAACUGGUCAAGUCCGGUAGCGAGGCAGAACCUUGAAAGACUCGCCUACUUGGCCAUCCUAUUCCUUGAACGCUAUGGAUACAUCAACAUUGGCGCCUUCAAGCAAUUAGCUGCACCUUUGACCCGCGCUGUUAAGCCGGCCUCAACUGAUUUGACAGCGCGAAGGAGUGCUGACAAGCACACAGCCAAUGUCACUGCACCCCUUAAGGUUAUCAUCUGUGGAGCUGGAGCAGCUGGGCUCAUUGCGGCACGCCAACUGACAUAUUUUGGUGCUCAGGUCACUGUUUUUGAGGCUAGAGAUCGAAUCGGUGGACGAAUUUGGACCUACAAGCAGGGCAACCAAUUUGCUGACCUUGGGGCCAUGAUCAUAACGGGAAUGUCUGGAAAUCCGUCUACGAUUCUGGCAAAGCAGGGUGGGCUGAUGCUGGUUCCCAUUAAUCCAUGCUGCACGCUUUAUACAUCGUCUGGACGACCCGUCUCCCAGGAAAAGGACGCCCGGAUCGAGAAGGAGUUUAACCGCAUUUUAGCGACUGCUGGACACAUCGCUGUUAAGGACCCAGAGAAUUCGGCCGGAAAGUCACUCGGCCAGGUGAUUGAAGAUCUUAUUCGUUUCCAAGAGCAUCGUAUUACUCCCCUGAAGAUCAGUCAUCGGAACCUCGUUUCAAUUCUCCUGCGUCGAAAAGCCAAGAUUUUAAACGAG